CAUCAAGGCGUCGUGGGGAGAUGAUAUUCUGGACAUUUUGACACACACCAUAGAGACGUUGAGCAUCAUUGGUGUAUAACACUCGGACUUGUUCCCAUACAUCAACACAUGUCUCAUGGGCACGAAAAAUUUGCUUUAGGGAGGGAUGAAUGGUCGACUUAAGGACACUACAAAUUUGAGCGUCAAUUUUCAACCAACGAGGAUGAUCCUUCUCAUCAACGGAAGCAGCUGUCUGGGUAAGAUGAGCAACAUAAUCCUGUCCCUUAAGCAAAAGCUUGAUAUCUGAAGCCCAAGUAUCAUAAUAGGUGCCAUCUAACUUGUCAAUGGAAAGAGCGACAUUGACAUAAUUAGUGAAAAUAGUAGAGUCAGGCCGAUCAGCGGAAGAGGAAGCCAUAGAUGCUGUAAUAGGAGAGAGAAACAGCAACAGGAGAGAGAAAAAUGGCCCGAGAAGGAAGAGAUCUGUGACAAACGAUGGUCGAUCACAAAAAAAAUAAUAGAUCGGGGUAGAGGAGGUCUGGGCGAGUCUGCACCGGUGAUCGUCGCCGGAAAAGUCGCCGGACGCGCAGCCACGCGCGGCGGCCGACGGAGAGGAGAGAGAAACUGUGCCUAGCACGGAAUCGGCGCGUGCGGCCUCCGUUUGCCGCACGACUGGUGGCAUUGGGUUCGCCGGAGGAAGGCGAGUUGGGUGGGGGGGUCGCCGGCCGGAAAGGUGGUGGCAGCGAAGAAGAAACCCUAAAAAAUAGGAAAAAAAUUGCCGGAAAGAGACACGACAGGGUGGGGAUCCGGAAAACGGAAUGAGACACGUUUUCCGGGCACCAAUGAAUAGUGGGUCCACCGGGAGGUCAAGGAUUAGGCUCUAGAUACCAUGUUGAGAGUAAUGGUGAAUGGAGAGAACAUAUUCCUUGUGUAUUGUAAAGCAAAAGAUGUGUUUAAAUACAAAGUAGUGGGCCUAGGCCCAAACAAUCUCUUAUGCAGUCUUUUGGUUUUGUCACUUAUGCAUUCCAACGUGUACUCCUCUGAGUUUAUUGUAGCAGAAAAGUGGCUGACAUUGUUAGGCUUUGUAGGAGUGCCUCAAGUUCUUAAAGGAUGUCCAUUUUGGUGGAUCACAAAACCUUUCUGGCAAAUCUUUUCAUCAGAGUCUGGUGUUGUUCUGAGCCUCUAUGCUGAGACGACUUCCACCUUCUUUAUGGUUCUUAAAUCUCACACCAACUCGGUUGCCUCUGGACAACUUUCUCUGCAAUUGGAGAGGCUGCAUAUAUCUAUUAAAGAUUACUCUCUGUUACAAAGUACAGAAAGAACCUCGUCAAGGCUAUCUUCUAAUCCUAGUUAUGUUGGUCCUUCCCGUGGAUCUAUUUCUACUAGGUUAGGAUCUGCCUUGAACCCUAAAACUUUGGUUGCUGCUAC